AGGGCGCUAUCCGUGGAACGUUUUGCUUCGGUUGGAAAGGGUGGAGACUGUAUGGGUGGAAAAUUACAAUACCGAAGUCGGGCGAUUGGAAAUUACACAGUGCCUAAAUCGUGACAUCCAAACCUACUGCACUCUUAAUAUUGAAAGCAUUUUGCAGCCUUGCACUGGCAGAGCAAACUUGAUUAUCAGAAAUGACACAGAGGACAUUCGAGAAGAGAAGUCUUCAUAUUUGUUACAACACCUUCGUCCAGGGAAAAGGGGAGCGACUUGUGUAUCAGAAAUUGAGGUCAAAUGCUUUGAAAAAUAAGAUUGACGAUUUUGUUGUUCCAAAAAGAAGUGGGAAAGCUUGGAGACAAAGGGAAGGUGAUAUAUGUAGGAUUACGCUCACAGAAGGACCCCAGUUCCAAGGGAAAACUCGGCAAAUCCACUCAGGACACCUAACAACCUACGACAGAUUGUGGAGUAGUUUACCAUACUUACGCCCUAUGGCGACUAUUGUAGCAGAUAGCGUACAGUACGGUACAGACGAAGAUGGUGCUGGUAUUCACGACGUAAUGGGUACCAGAUGUGACCCUUAUACUGUCCAGAAGAUCACUGGACAAUGGCCAGAAGUUACCUGUCACCAAAGUUUGAUAAAUGCAAUUGAACCAUUUGGUUUGACGGAAGAGCACGUACACGACGUUUUUAACAUAUUUAUGUGUUCUGGAUGGACUAAGGACACUGUUCAGUACUUUGUGAAAGGAACACCGGCGAAAAAAGGGGACUACAUCGAAUUCAUUGCUGAAAUGGACCUUCUAGUGGCAUUGUCUGUUUGUCCACAAGGUGAUGUUUCUCUCCCUGUUGGCGUGACGUUUCCUGAAGAAAAAUGUUUUCCAUUAGGUGUUCAAAUAUACAGAUCAUCAAAAUAAUCAACUUCAUUGAUGAAAAGAUUCUCAAUUCUUGCCUCUAAAAUUGAAAAUAUGUUAGUGUUUGAAGUUUAUUAAAAUGAAAAUGGAUUGAUAAAAAUAUUAAGAAAAGUCAGCAACUAUAUAAGAAACUUAGCAAAAAUGCUGGUACUUUAAUAAACCAAUAUAUUUUUAGUA